CAGAGUGUAAGUGAACACUUGGUGUGGAGUUCAGCUGCCUAUUGCAUGCCAUGACUGCGUUUUACCGGAUACUUCUCCUGUUAUCUGUGGCCGUGGCAUCUGCGGCGACACGCAGGUCCCAGCGGACAAAAAGAGGGUUACUGGAGUUGGCGGGAGCUAUUAAAUGCAGCACAGGGAGAUCUGCCUUGGCGUACAUGAUGUACGGAUGCUACUGUGGACUGGGUGGUCAAGGCUGGCCCAGAGACAGGGCCGACUGGUGUUGCCACAGACAUGAUUGCUGUUAUGGAGAUGCAGAACGCCUUGGCUGCUAUACCAAAACAGCCCAGUAUCAUUGGACGUGUGAGGACAGGAAAGCGGAGUGUGAUAAUUUGAAGGACAAGUGUGAAAAGCUGCUGUGCAAGUGUGACAGAGACGCUGCCAAAUGUUUGCGAAAAGCACCUUUCAUCCAGAAAUAUGCCCUAUGGCCAGAUUUCCUCUGUGGUCACAACCAUCCAAUGUGUAAUAUUUACUGACACGAUAAAUGUAUGUCCUGUGCGCCUUUUGUAAAUAUAACAUGCUGCAGUAAUAAUGGUGAUGGCAUUGCUGUAAAAUAGUCAAACUAUUUGGCUUAUAUUGGAUUUUUUUUAUUAAUGAUACAAAAUGUUUAUAUCAAAUAUGCUGUUUUAAUAAAAGACAAAU